AUGAACGCAGGGUGCCUUUUUGUGGUGACUGGAAGAAUGCUGAUUUCCUUUGGGAUUCUAAGCAUCGUCUCUGGAAUUAUCGCCUUCUUCCCUGUUUUUUCCUAUAAACCAUGGUUUGCCGGAUGGAGCGUUCGCAUUGCUUCUCCCAUCUGGAGCGGAGCUUUGGCUGUUAUUGCAGGUGUACUCCUUGCUCUGGCUGAAAAACAAUGGACCCAGAGAUACCUGUGGGAAGCCGCUUUCACCUUUAGCAUCUUGAACAUCAUCAGCUCUCCAGUUCAAGGUGCCAUCGCCUUUGCAUCCCUCCUUCUUGGACCUUAUUGCUACUACUCUUUCGCCGGAGUUUCGGGUAUGAACUACCUUGGUUAUGCGGUCCUUUUGCCCUUUCCUUAUGGCAAGUUUGCUUCCGUGUGCAAGGACCCCGCAGGCUACGAGUGGUACCACCUGGCGCUGCAGAUACUAGACAUUUGCUCCAGUCUUGCCAUGCUCUCUGCAUCCUUGGCCAUUGUGAUCAAACUCACAGCCAGACUGCUCCAGUUUGGACACUUAAAUGUGAGUAUUACUCAGUGGCAGGGAAGUAAUGAUUAAGAGCAGCAUAUAAGUAUUCUUAUUUGUCUGUUUCGUUUAUUCCAUUUAAUGCCCAUCUUUUACUUCAUUGCUUUGCACUGCACAAUUCAAAGUGUUGGUGUUAACCUUUAAAGCCCUAUAUGGCCUCGGCCCAGUAUACCUGAAGGAGCAUCUCCACCCUAAUCGUUCUGUCCGGACAUUGAGGUCCAGCCU